UGUUUUAAGUUCCUACAAACCAAGGCAGAAACAGCCCGAGAAAGCAAACAGAAUCCAAUGAUACAAAGAAAUAGUUCAUUUGCUUCAUCACACGAAGUAUGGAAAUAUAUCUGUGAAUUGGGGAUCAGUAAGGUAGAGUUGUCCAUGGAGGACAUUGAAACCAUCUUGAAUACACUCAUAUAUGAUGGGAAAGUGGAGAUGACUAUCAUCGCUGCAAAGGAAGGCACAGUUGGCAGUGUAGACGGACACAUGAAACUGUACAGAGCAGUCAAUCCAAUCAUCCCACCUACGGGCUUGGUCCGGACCCCCUGUGGACUCUGCCCGGUGAGUUCAAGAGGCUUCACCUUACACUUGACUACCUCCAAGUGCAAAUGCCACAUAACGUACCAGCAAGCACACCCCAGUUCUCUGACUCUCAGGGUUGACCAAGAAUUACUCAAACCUCCAUGUAAUCUUGAUAUUUAAUGAACAAAUCAUUGCCUUAAAUAAGUGAUCUGUGUUUUCUGCUCUUAGCCCUAAAAUAGACA